GCCUGGACCGGAUGUUGUGAGCCAUUACUGUUUUCCUUGGGCCAAGGAGAGAGUGGAACAUCAGCUGAACACAAGUGUCGGACCAGAGCCGUCGCUGCGCAGUUUGAGUCCAGCGGUUUGUGCCGUUACGUUAGAAACAUGAAGCAAAACUCCAACGUCCCGGCGUUCCUCACCAAGCUGUGGACGCUGGUCGAGGACGCGGACACCAAUGAAUUCAUCUGCUGGAGUCAGGAGGGCAACAGCUUCCUAGUGUUGGAUGAGCAGCGCUUUGCCAAGGAGAUUCUCCCCAAGUUCUUCAAGCACAACAACAUGGCCAGUUUCAUCAGGCAGCUCAACAUGUAUGGAUUCCGUAAAGUAAUGCACAUCGACACAGGCAUCGUAAAACAGGAGCGGGAUGGUCCAGUGGAGUUUCAGCACCCUUACUUCAAACAUGGACAGGACGACUUGUUGGAGAACAUCAAGAGGAAGGUUUCUAAUGCUCGGCCGGACGAGAGCAAGAUGCGACAGGAGGACCUGACCAAGAUCUUGGCCAGUGUCCACAGUGUUCACAGUAAACAGGAGAACAUCGAUGCCAGGUUGGCAACACUCAAGAGGGAGAAUGAAUCUCUGUGGAGGGAGAUCUCAGACCUGAGGCAGAAACAUGCUCAUCAGCAACAGCUCAUCAAAAAGCUGAUUCAUUUCAUUGUGACAUUGGUGCAGAACAACCACAUCCUGAAUUUAAAACGCAAGAGGCCCAUUCUGAUGAACAGCACUGGAAAGAAGUCCAAGUACAAACAUCAGAUCUAUGAUGACAAAGUGUGCGUGGAACAGACGUCUGUCAACAGUCUGAAUGGCGUGAAGAGCUCUGAGAUGUCAGAGGACGUCAUCGUCUGUGACAUGACUGAGAAUGAAGCCGAGGUGACGGCGGAGAUCGCAGACGACUCACCCAGAGCCUAUGACCCGGGGGAUGUAGAAAUUGUGGAGUUGGAGCUGCCAGCAGAGACUGAGGUGAGCACCACCUGCACAGACAACAUCAAACAGAAGGAGGCGGGGCUUUCAGCAGCAGCAGCAGCAGCAGCAGCAGAUGAUGACAGCCUGAGGAGCAGCACUGCAGACAGCAGUGGAGCAACAAGCAGUGCUCUGCAGCUCAAUAAACCCUCAGGUCUGAGUGUGGAGGACCCUGUCACGAUGAUGGACUCCAUCCUGAAAGAGAACGGAGCAAUAUCACAGAACAUCAACCUACUGGGCAAGGUGGAGCUGAUGGACUAUCUGGACAGCAUUGACUGCAGUCUGGAGGAUUUCCAGGCCAUGUUGUAUGGAAAACAGUUUAAUGUUGAUUUUGACGUCAUAGAGGAGAGUUUGUCCUCUAAAGAGAACACGGGACAGCUAAGCAGGACAGAUAAGGACAAUCCAGAUAAACAGUUGAUCCAGUACAUCUCCUGCCCCCUACUGGCCUUCCUUGAUGGCUGCACUCCUCCUCCAGAGCUGGACCUGGGCGGCGGCAGCAGCAGCAGCAGCAGCAGCAGCAGCAGCACAGGCUUCUCCAACUCACACCUCCAACCCUCGUCCAGCUCCAGUGCUUCAGUGGAGGCUGAUGCAUUGUCAGAUCUACUGGACUCCAGCCUGGAGCCAAAGCAGCCCUCCAGCAGCUCUCUGAUCCGCCUGGAGCCUCUGACGGAGGCCGAGGCCAGCGAGGAGACACUCUUCUACCUGUGUGAACUGAGUCCUGCAGGACUGGAGACAAACUCCGCCCAGCUGGACAGAGUGUGAGACAGUGAGACCGUCAGUGACUGCCCCUCCAUCUUCCACAUAUUCCUGACGUGCUGACGUAGUGUGUCAUCAUUUGUUCAGCUCUUGAAGUGCAGGACUGCAGUUUGUUCACAUCAGUAAAACAACGUCUGACAGGUUAUUGAGCCCGUGUGUGCUGCGCGUCCCGUCAUAUUUACAUUUUUAGCAUCCAUGUUAACUGUCGAUUCCAGCGUCCUGUCUGUAUUUCACAUGCUUGUGGUUCCCAGUGAAAAUAGACAGAAAAGAUCUGUUGAUUCUGAUAUUGACGGCAUGAUCAUAGGGUCUCUGUUUGAAAGCUGCUUUACACUUUUGACAUUCUCACUCAUUGUCAUUGUUACGGCCCUGGCCAAGGGAAACCAGGGCUAACGUGUGUGUUUGUGUGUUUCCAAAGAAAGCCAACAUAAGUCCAAGUUUAAAUGUGUAGCAGUUUUAUUAAAGUUCAGGAUCAAUGCCAAA